ACACUUGGUCAUGUUAAUAAAAGUGUAACAUUUGAGUUUUGAGAAACGUUUCAACUUCUAACGUGCUUUUUCUUUAAAACUAGCUACGAAUUAUUUUCAGCGUAGAGAAACUUGCUUUUUUAUGAAAGAAAGUAUGCACGCCGAGCAUUUCUACGAAAAAGAAUGCAACCUUUUCUGUCCAGGAAAAAAUUCGAAUACAUGUCAGUGCGGGUUGUUGAAAGAGAAACAUGAAAAGGAAGUCCUCGAGAAAAGUCACGGUUCACAAUGGGAUUCGGCUACUUCCACCAAGAAGACAAAGUGGCGAUGUGCAGGAACUGUUCAGUUUGAAAACCAAAAUCGAACUGAUAGAGGGCCAUCGCCUUACAUGCGAAUAGCCGAUGACGUGGAUGUCGACACUUUGGUGAAACAUAUUCGCGCUAGUUGGAAUGUUCCGGAGCCCUCUUUGAUAGUAUCUGUGACAGGCGGAGCAGCGGAUGCCGAAUUGAAAAAAGAGGACCAGGAACAACUGAGGCGGUGGUUACAAAAGGUGGCUGCAAUUAAUCAAGCCUGGAUCAUUACUGGGGGCACUAACACGGGUAUUAUGAAGAUAUGCGGAGAAGCUGUGAGAGAUCAGAACUUCAGUAGUGCACCAGGCACCAAUAAACAGGCGGUCGCGAUUGGUAUAGCAACUUGGGGUGCAAUUGCAGGCUCUGCAGAUUAUUUGACCCCGCCCGCAAGCCACGAAGAUGACAUUUACUACAAAGCGGUCUACAAAAAACCAGACAAGGGCGCUGAAUUGGAUCCAAAUCACACCCACUUUAUCCUGUGUGACGAUGGAAGCAGAAAUCAGUUUGGAAAGGAGCAAAAACUUAGAGGAAAGUUUGAGAAGGCACUCAGCAAUAUUGGAAAAGGCGGCCAAUUCACGUUCGCUGGGUCCAAAGUGCCAAUCGUCUGUGUUGUGGUCGAAGGAGGACCUGGAACAAUCGACACUACUCGGAAUGCUCUACUGAACGAUACUCCAUGUAUAGUGUUUGACGGGUCAGGGAGGGCGGCUGAUGUCUUGGCAUUUGCAGUGCAGAUAUCGAGAAAAGAAAUCGAUGAUAUCAAUUUCUUGACGUGUGAGCCUCAGUCUAAAAACUCUAAGUACCCUGAAAAAUCGGAGGACGGAAUAAAAGAACUUAUUCGUAAGAAGACGGAAAAGGAUCUCAACAUGAAAGGGGAAACUCUGGACCAGACACUGGAUUGGUUGAUGGAAUGUUUGAACUACAAGGAAAAAAUAACGAUAUUCAAGUUUCACGAACACGAUGACGAUUCCGCAGCUUAUUUCCACGUCUCAAUAAGUCUAAUCGAUUCAAUCGGAAAAUCAGGCUGA